GAUGACUUGCCUCGUGUUAAAUUAGAAAUUGAUGCUAUGAAGGACUUGAGUCACCAGCACAUUUGCCGGUUGUAUCAUGUGAUUGAGACACCCAAGAAAAUAUUCAUGGUUUUAGAGUACUGUCCUGGAGGAGAGCUGUUUGAUUACAUAAUUUCUAAAGACCACCUUUCUGAGGAGGAAGCUCGCAUAUUUUUUCGGCAGAUUGUUUCAGCAAUUGCUUAUGUGCACAGUCAGGGAUAUGCCCACAGGGAUCUCAAACCAGAAAAUUUGCUGAUUGAUGAGGAACAUAAUCUGAAGUUGAUAGACUUUGGACUUUGUGCAAAGCCAAAGGGUGGCCUUGAUUACCAUCUGAACACCUGCUGUGGAAGCCCAGCUUAUGCAGCACCAGAGCUGAUUCAGGGCAAAGCAUACAUUGGCUCAGAGGCAGAUAUUUGGAGUAUGGGAGUACUGCUGUAUGCUCUGCUGUGUGGCUUUCUCCCCUUUGAUGAUGAUAAUGUCAUGGCUGUCUACAGGAAGAUCAUGAGAGGAAAAUACAGUACUCCAAACUGGCUCUCUCCUAGCAGUACACUGCUCCUUGACCAAAUGCUUCAGGUCAAUCCAAAGAAACGGAUUACAGUCCAACACCUGUUAAGUCACCCUUGGCUCAUGCAAGGUUUUUCUGAUGCUGUUCAGUGGCAAAGUAAAUACCCACUGGGUCAUCUUGAUGAGGACUGUGUAAGAGAGCUUUCUGUGUUUCAUGAGCAGAGCAGGGAGACUAUAUUGCAGUUAAUAACAGAGUGGAAAUAUGACCACAUGUCAGCAACAUACCUCUUGCUUCUUUCCAAGAAGGCUCGUGGCAAGCGUGUUCGUUUAAGGUUUUCAUGUCUGACAGAGCCUGCCAUGGAAUCUCAACUGAAUAUUUAUUUUCAUUCUGAAAAACCUGUGAUGUGCAAAGAUCUGCCAGACUGCAGUGAAGUGCCAUGGGCAUUUGUAUUCAUGGAAUUUACAGAUAAAGCUUCACUGUUUGAAGAAUCUCAGUUAGAAGAAUUUAGUAUAAAUACUCAUGGAACAAAGCAGCAUUCAAGGCCCGAUUCCCAAUUGGAGGAUAUGGAAUUCACACUGUCAACUCCAGUGACAAGAAAAGUGGCCUCGAAGAAGCAUAAAAGCAAAGAGAAUGUUGAGACAGUGUCAGCUUUAAGAAAUGAAAUGCCCUUUGCACUUCCUGCUCCUAAGACUCCUUUUGCAAAGAGUCAGAUUGAGACACAGGUACAAGCCAUUCCCCUUAGGGCACCUGCUUUCAAAGAGACUCAGAUCACUGCAGUCACCCCGAUUAUGAAACCCACUAACCCAACAAAUGCAGAUGAAUUGGCAGCAGCUGAGAUUCUUUCUGAAACAAGGUGUCAGUCUGUGGAAUUAGAUCUCAACCUUGCACAUGUGGAUAGCAGCCAAAAGAAGAGAAAAGCCAAAAUAUUUGGAAGUCUUGAAAGAGGCCUAGAUAAAGUGAUCACAAUGCUUACACCAAGCAAGAAGAAACGAUGCACUAGAGACUGUCCAAGGAAACUUAAGGCACACUGUAACAUUACCACCACUCAUCUGCUGAAUCCAGACGAACUGUUGAAUGAAAUAAUCAUUGUUCUUUCAAAGAAGCAUGUCGAGUAUGUUCAAAAGGGUUAUACCCUGAAAUGUCAAACACGGUCAGAUUUUGGUAAAGUAACUAUGGAGUUUAAGUUAGAAGUAUGUCAGCUCACUAAGCCUGAAGCAGUGGGUAUCCGGCGACAACGGCUUAAAGGUGAUGCCUGGGUCUACAAAAGGCUGAUAGAAGACAUCUUAUCUAGUUGCCAAGUGUGA